UAACCGCCACUUCCGGGUUCAGCAGUUCAGCAGGCAGGUCCAAGUCCAAAAGCUUCUGAACACACCGCAGGGUGAAGUCAUGGCUCCAGUCCGGGCCCUGAUAGUCGGUGCAGGGAACAGAGGAGAGGUGUAUUCAAGGUUCUCCCUCGACAACAGUGAGCGCUUUCAGGUGGUUGGUGUUGCUGACCCGCGACUGUUCAGGUGCCAACGUUUCCAGCAGCAGUACAACAUUCCUCAGGAGAAUGUCUUCACAGACUGGCAGCAGGCUGCAGAGAGGGAGAAGUUUGCUGACUGUGUUGUCAUAGCAACCCCAGACCAGCAGCACAAGGCUCCCGCCGUGACGUUCGCUGACCGAGGCUACCACAUACUUCUGGAGAAACCCAUGGCAGUUACAGAGUCAGACUGCCGUGAGAUAGUGUCAGCCUGUGAGAGAAACAACGUCAUCCUGUCAGUGUGUCACGUGCUGAGGUACUAUCCACCUGUCAGGAAGAUCAAGGAACUGAUUAACAGUGGAGCCAUUGGAGAUGUAGUUCACAUCCAGCACAUGGAACCAGUGGGAUUCUGGCACUUUGCACAUUCCUUUGUACGUGGAAACUGGAGAAAAACUGAGGACAGUAGCUUCUCGCUUCUCGCCAAAAGCUGCCACGAUGUUGAUCUUAUACCAUACUGGCUCCCUGAGUCAAGGUGUGUCAAGGUGUCCUCCUUUGGAAGUCUCAUGCAUUUCAGGCCUGAGAACAAGCCAGCAGGUGCAGCCAGCAGGUGUCUGGACUGCCAGGUGGAGAACAGCUGUCCUUACUCUGCUAAGAAGAUCUACCUGACGAGGGUGAAACAGGGACUGACAGGCUGGCCAGUCAGUGUGGUGUGUCCUCAGGAACCGGUGGAUGUGGAGAGCCUUACCGAGGCACUGAGAACUGGCCCGUACGGACGCUGUGUGUACGAGUGCGACAACGACGUUGUUUCCAAUCAGGUGGUUAACUUCCAGUUUGAUGGUGGCCAGACGGCUUCCUUCAACAUGGUGGCCUUUACUCAGGAGAUCUGUGAGCGACAGACCAGGAUCUCAGGAACUAAGGGUGAGCUGCGCUGCUCCGGUCCAGGCCCCGUGUAUGUCUAUGACUUCCUGACACAGACGACCACAGAACAUCGCUGUGCAGUGGCGCCCCCUAGCAGGAUGCGUGAAAUGCACGGUGGUGCAGACUUUUUCCUGAUGGAUGCCUUUGUAAAUGCUGUACAGAGUGGUGACCGGUCCGAGGUACUAACUGGACCUCAGGACACCCUGCAGAGCCACCUGCUGGUGUUUGCUGCCGAGCAGGCUCGACUUCAGGACAAAGUCAUGAAUAUACACCCAGAUGGCUCAUAUAGCUGAACUCCUCUAAAAGAGGGUAUCUCAUUGGACCAUGUCAUGCCUCUUUGCGAAAGAGGUUGUUCACAGUCUCCAACAUGUUGUCAAUUUCAUGCCAACAGUCUCCAACAGGCAACAUUUGGUUGCCUAAAAUGGCAAAUGUUUUUUUUUUAAUCUAAAAAAAGUAACAGUUUGCAAAGUGUGCACAAACUAAAACUCGGCACAAAAAAGUUUGGAAUAUCAACUUUGGUUGAUCAUAUUUCCGUUGUUUCUGCAUCAAUUUUAAUGUGUUAUAUAUCAAUAGAAAGCGUAUGUGAUUUCCUUAGUUUCAUAUGGUAUCAAACUCCUUAUGAUUAUAAAUUUUCGGAACGAGCACCAGGACUGCUUGACAUUCUCCUUGCCGCCACCACACUUCGAUUCGGUCAUCCAACAGCCAAAAGGGCACAUAUACUCUUAUCAAAUGUUAAAGAUUAACUUGGAUGUUCUGUA